GUCUUCUUCACUCGGACCUUUGUCAUCUUCAUCACCGGCGUUUUCUCCGUCACCGUCAUAUCCUUUUCAAGCAUCGGCGUUUUUCUCUAGUCGGAGGAUUUUAGCGAUUUGCCAAAAAGAUGCAGUUGUUUCUCAAGGACAUAGUUCCCGCGGCGCAGAACAACAUAAACACACGUUUCAUCAUACUAGACAAAGCCAAAUCGCCGGCGGCAAACGGGAAGAAUUGUAUCGCCUUGGCGGCGGAUGAAACGGCUGCGGUUCACAUACAGCUGUGGGGAGAUGAGUGUGAUGCUUUCGAGGCGGGAGACAUCGUGAAGCUCACCAAUGGGAUAUUCUCAUACGUGCGGAACAGUGGACUUAUUCUCAGAGCUGGAAAACGUGGGAAGAUGGAGAAGAUGGGAGAGUUCACGGUUGCGUUUGUCGAAACGCCAAACAUUAGUGAGAUACAAUGGAAUCCUGAUCCUGAGAAUCCCAAACGCUAUAUACAGAGCGGCGUCGUUUCUGCUUAUUCCCGUAUCUUCCCUCCUUUGCCUUGAUUAAGAUUUGUAUACACAUUCUAAGUCAUGGUCAUGAAUGGAUGCAGAUUUUUUAUUCAGUUUUUAGAUUAUCUUUUUCUUAGUUUUCUAGAUUCCCUAUUUGUAGGACAACUAAAGAUCUUAAAACUUUGAAUGGAUAAACAAGAAAUUUUCCUAUA